CAAUCCAAAUGGUUUCGCCUCGCCCCAAUUGACAGGUAGUCUCUGCAUAAAUAGCAAUCUAGGUGAUGACAGCGCUAAUUUGGAGGAGCGCGAGGAGCCCCCGUCUCAGCCGGCGCCCGCAUCCACAGACCACCCCCCACCGCCGGGUUUCCGCAGCGACGACCUGCUCUUUGUAGGGUGGCUUUACGACAGGGCUCUGAGCACGUCUGAAUUAGGGGCCUCAGGCCUCUACACCCCAGCCGAGAGCAACUCCAUGGAAAAACAGCUUCACGUCAGAAGCAAAGAACUACAAGACACGCAAGAUAAAUGUCACAAGAUGGAGCAGGAGAUCUCCAAAUUCCAGCGUAAGAUGUCUGACCUGGAGUCAGUGCUGCAGCAGAAGGACGUGGAGCUGAAGGCCUCGGAGACGCAGAGGACCAUCCUGGAGCAGGACCUGGCCACCUACAUCACCGAGUGCAGCAGUCUGAAGCGCAGCUUGGAGCAGGCUCGGGUGGAGGUGUCUGAGGAGGAUGAUAAGGCCUUACAGCUGCUCCAUGACAUCAGAGAGCAGAGCAGCAAGCUGCAGGAGAUCAAGGAGCAGGAGUACCACGCCCAGCUGGAGGAGAUGCAGGUGGUCAUCAGGCAGCUGGAGGAGGACCUGUCGGCCGCUCGUCGCCGUAGCGACCUGUACGAGGUGGAGCUGCGGGACUCACGGCAGACCAGCGAGGAGCUGAAGAGGAAGGCUGUGGAGUAUCAGCACCGCAUCCAGAAGGCUAAGGAGCAGGGGAAGGCAGAAGUGGAGGAGCUGCUAUGUAAGCUGGAGAAGACCAAUGCUGAACAGCAAGCAAAAAUACUGGAGCUACAGGAUAAACUAUCCAAGGCGGUGAAGGCGAGCUCGGACGCCACGGAGCUGCUGCAGAACAUCCGGCAGUCCAAAGAGCGCCUGGAGCGCGAGCUGGAGAGGCUGAGGAACAAGGCCGACCCCAGCGACACCCUGCGCCGCCGCCUGAGAGAGACCGAGGAGGGCCGGAAGUCCCUGGAGAACCAGGUGAAGAGGCUGGAGAUGGUGGAGCGGCGGGAGAACAAGCUGAAGGACGACAUCCAGACAAAGUCCCAGCAGAUCCAGCAGAUGGCCGAGAAGAUCAUGGAGUUGGAGGAGAACCUGCGGGAGACACAGGCCACUGCUCAGCGGAUGGAGACUCAUCUUCUGCAGAAUGAGAGAAUGUAUGAGGAUAAGAUCAAGGUUCUGGAGGCCCAAAUGAAGGUGGACAUGGCUGACAAAGAACUGCUGGAGUCCAAACGGGCCGAACAGGAGGAGGAGGCGCGGGAGAAGUGCAAGCUGCUGGGGGAACACAAAGCGACCAUCAACGCCAUGGACUCUAAGAUGAAGAGCAUGGAGCAGAGGAUCGCUGAGCUCUCUGAGGCUAACAAGCUGGCAGCCAACAGCAGCAUCUACACCCAGAGGAACAUGAAAGCCCAGGAGGAGAUGAUCUCUGAGCUGCGGCAGCAGAAGUUCUACCUGGAGUCCCAGGCGGGGAAGCUGGAGGCCCAGAACGCCAAGCUGGAGGAGCACCUGGAGAAGAUGAGCCAGCAGGAGCAGGGCAAGAAGAGCAGGCUACUGGAGCUGGAGACCAGGCUCAGAGAGAUGGGCCUGGAGCACGAGGAGCAGAAGCUGGAGAUCAAGCGGCAGGUGGCGGAGCUGACGCUGUCGCUGCAGGAGCGCGAGGCUCAGAUCAGCGGGCUGCAGGCGGCGCGGAGCGCCCUGGAGGCACAGCUGCAGCAGGCCAAGACCGAGCUGGAGGAGACCACCACCGAGGCUGAGGAGGAGAUCACCGCGCUCAGGGCUCACAGAGAUGAGAUUCAGCGGAAGUUUGAUGCACUCAGGGACAGCUGCUCUGUGAUCACGGAUUUGGAGGACCAGCUCACGCAGCUGAACGAGGAGAACGCCGAGCUGAACCAGCAGAACUUCUACCUGUCCAAGCAGCUUGACGAGCUGUCGGACGAGCGGGAGGACCGCCUUCAGCUCAGCCAGGAGGUGGACCGCCUGAGGAGGGAGGUGGCCGACCGCGAGAUGCACCUCAACAACCAGAAACAGAACAUUGAGACCCUGAAGACCACGUGCUCCAUGCUGGAGGAGCAGGUGCUGGAGCUGGAGACGCUGAAUGAGGAUCUCCUGGAGAAGGAGCGGCACUGGGAGACCUGGAGGGGAGCUCUGGAGGAUGACAAGAAUGACGCGGAGAGGAGGGCACGCGAUACGCAGAGAAUGCUGGACACAGAGAAACAGAACCGGCUACGCGCGGACCAGCGCAAUUCCGAGUCCCGCCAGGCAGUGGAGUUAGCAGUGAGGGAGCACAAGGCUGAGAUCAUGGCUCUGCAGCAGGCCCUGAAGGACCAGAAACUGAAGGCUGAGAGUCUGUCCGAUACUCUGAAUGACCUGGAGAAACGGCACGCCAUGCUGGAGAUGAACGCCCGCAGCCUACAGCACAAACUGGAGACGGAGAGAGAGCUCAAACAGAGACUGCUGGAGGAGCAGGUGAAGCUGCAGCAGCAGAUGGAUGCGCAGAAGGCACACAUCUUCCGGCUGACCCAGGGCCUGCAGGACGCGCUGGACCAGACCGACCUGCUGAAGACCGAGCGCACCGACCUGGAGUACCAGCUGGAGAACAUGCAGGCGGUGUACUCCCAUGAGAAGGUGAAGAUGGAGGGCACCAUCUCACAGCAGACCAAGCUCAUUGACUUCCUGCAGGCCAAAGCUGACCAGCAGCCCUGCAAGAAGAAGAAGGGCAUCUUUGGGCGUCGCCGGGAGGACCUGGUGGGCAUGGGUGCGGGAGGGGCCCCGGCCGGGGCCGGGGGCUCGGGCGGAGGGAUGGGGAGCCCCGUGUCCACGCCCCCCCCGGUGCCCCUGCAGUACAGCGACAUGAUGGCCGCCCUGGACAAGGAGCGCGCCCGGUCCUCCGAGCUGGAGGAGGCGCUGCAGAAGCUACGCAUGGAGCUGCGCGCUUUGAGGGGGGAAGUGGUGCACUUUAAGGCGUCGGAGCACAGUGGCCCCUCCACCCCUGCGCUGGCCCGCUCUCAGGCCCUCAUGUCCUCCGUCAGGUCCCCCGAGAGGCAGGCCAGCCCCGGGGGCCUCCUGGCCCCCUCCAGCUCCGCCCGCCGGAAGGACGCCGCCACACCUGAGGAGAAGAGGAGAGUCACUUUUGAAAAGUUUAGCUGGCGGGGGAAGGACAGGAGUCUCAGUCACAGCGAUCCGCACCGUUUCACAGUGGGGCUGAACAUGAGAGCGGCUAAGUGUGCCGUGUGCCUGGACACGGUGCAUUUCGGCCGGCAGGCUGCCACCUGUCUGGAGUGUCACGCUUUGUGCCACCCAAAAUGCUCCCCCUGUCUCCCCUCGACCUGCGGCCUGCCUGCAGAGUUCUCUUUUGGAGAAGGGCUGUCCCGAGACAAGCCCAGCUCCCCCUCCCAGCAUCCCAAAGAGGCCAGCGGGCACAUCAGGCUGGAGGGCUGGAUGAAGCAGCCCAGGCAUGGGAAACGAGGCCAGCAGGGAUGGGAGAGAAAGUAUGUGGUUCUGGACGGGACCAAGGUGUCCAUUUACGAGACGGAGCCCAGAGAAGACUCGCCCAGGCCUCAGGAGGAGAUCGAGCUGUGCCCGUCCGACGGGGAGGUGACCGUGCAUGGCGCGGUCGGGGCGUCCGAGCUCAUCAACACCGCCAAGUCAGACAUCCCCUACGUGCUGAAGCUGGAGACGCACGCCCACGCUGCGUACUGGUCGGGCCAGGCCCUGUACUUCAUGGCCCCCAGUUUCCCGGAUAAGCAGCGCUGGGUUGCCGUGCUGGAGUCCGUGGUCGCCGGCGGGCGGGGCUCGCGAGAGAAGGCGGAGUCAGACGCAGCUGCCGUCUCCAAAAGGCAGAAGACUCUGUCCCCUCUCGUCCAGAAACUGCUGGGUAACUCACUGCUGAAACUGGAGGGAGAGGACCGGCUGGAUAUAAAUUGCACUUUACCGCUAACAGACCAGAUAGUACUGGUCGGUGCAGAGGAGGGUCUGUAUGCCCUGAACGUGAUAAAGAACUCUCUGCUGCAUCUGCCGGGUCUGGGCUCAGUGUUCCAGAUACAGAUUCUGAAGGAGCACGGCUGCCUGCUCAUGAUCACCGGCGGAGAGAGGGCGCUGUGUAUGAUUGAGAUUAAGAAAGUGAAGCAGUGUCUGGCCCAGUCUCACCUUCCGGCCCAGUCAGAGCUCUGUCCCUUCAUCUUCGAGACCGUCAAGGGCUGCCACCUCUUCACUUCGGGCAAGAUCGAGGGCGGGGCCUGUAUCUGCGCCGCGCUGCACAAUAAGAUCACCGUCCUGCGCUACAAUGACAGCCUCAACAAGUUCUGCAUCAGAAAGGAGAUCGAAACGUCGGAGCCCUGCAGCUGUAUCCACUUCACCGGGUACAGCAUCAUCAUCGGCACCAACAAGUUCUACCAGAUCGAGAUGAAGCAGUACAUUCUGGAAGAGUUCCUGGAUAAGGGUGAUGUGACGCUGGCCUCGGCCGUCUUUGCGGCCGCCACUCACAGCUUCCCGAUCUCCAUCAUGCAGGUCAACAGCGCCCCCCAGAAGGACGAAUACAUGCUGUGCUUCCACGAGUUCGGCCUGUUUGUGGACGCGUACGGACGCAGGAGUCGCAGCGAGGACAUUAAAUGGAGUCGCCUGCCUCUGUCUUUUGCCUACAGAGAGCCUUACCUCUUUGUGACGUACUUCAACUCUCUGGACAUCAUAGAGAUCCAGCCGCACGGUGCUCUGGGGCCGCCAGCCCACAUCCACCUGGACGUCCCCAACCCACGCUACCUGGGCCCGGCUAUCUCCUCGGGCGCGGUCUACCUGGCCUCCUCCUACCAGAACAAACUGCGGGUCAUCUGCUGCAAGGGCAACCUGGUCCGAGAGUCUGAGCUACACAGAACCUCCUCGGGGAGGAGCAGCCCCACCAAACGGGGCCCGCCCAGCUACACGGAGCACAUCUCCAAGCGGCUGGCCUCCAGCCCCGGCUCCCAGGACAGCGGGCUGCACCGGGACCCCAGCACUCCGCACCGCUACCGCGAGGGUCGCACCGAGUUCCGCCGGGACAAGUCCCCCGCGCGGCCCCUGGACCGCGACAAGUCCCCCGCUCGCCCGCUGGAGCACGACAAGUCCCCCGGCCGGGGGCUGGAGGGCCGCAGGGACCGGUCCCCCGGCAGGAUCUUCGAGGACCGACCCCGUCUGCACACGGGAUCCGUCCGCACGCCGCUCACGCCCGUCAACAAGGUGUGGGAUCAAUCGUCUGUCUGACUGUGACAAGUCCAUCACCUCAUCCAAUCAGUGGAGCGAUUCAUACCUCUGGUCCCACCCCUAGUCUGACAGAACUUCACUCCUCUGGUCCUGCAAGGGUUGCUCUUUGAGCAGGGUGGGUCAGAGGUCAGAUUAAUAUGGGGCCUCAUUUUAGGAGCCCAGCAGAAGUGCCUGUUAAAAAAAUGUCAUUGUCAGUAGCAGCAGCAGUGUCUGGCUGAGUGCACAUUUAUAUACAGAGUUCAGAGUGGUACUCUGCCAGCAGCCUUAUAAUGGUGGAAAUCGCACAAUCAGCUAUGAUUGAAGCUUAGCAGGGAGGCACUCGGCUAGGGCUACUGUUAGCCUUAGCGUUAGCACUUGGAUCGAAGAAGUCCUUGGAAAACCAAGUUGCUGUAGGAAGUGUUGUGGCCAGUAGGAAGCAGUCUUCCCUUUGGACCAAGUGAAAUGUAAUCUAGUGAUGGGGAGACUGGGCUCUUGGAGAUGGCGUUUCAUAUAAGGGAUUAUACGAUCAUCUUGGGUCACUGCGGUCAUUCGAUACCCCGUAGCAGUUGGGGGUUUCCACUGUGUUUUGGUCAAAUUCCCAACACAGCUCUCACCAGUCAACCCCGAGUUUAAACGAUCUCUAACAUCCAGCAUUAGCCAGAGCAUUCUGCCAUUAAUUGGCUGGUGCAUAUCACACAUUAUGGGGCCUUAUCUAGACACAAUAAGAUCCGCACAGCCGUUGGGCCCUAGAGCAAGGCCCUUAACCCUGCAUUGCUCCAGGGGAGGAUUGUCUCCUGCUUAGUCUAAUCAACUGUAUGUCGCUCUGAUAAGAGUGUCUGCCAAAUGCCAAUAAUGUAAUGUAAUGUAGCUGUGCCUACACAAGUGACAGUCGUUUCCCCAUCCACACUAAACUGUAAGCACUUUGAAAUACCAAAAGGAAAUAUAAAUAAAUAAAUAAAAUAAUAAUACAAUUAAAUCCAUUCUUAUAAUUAUAAUAAUAAUAAUAAUAAUAAUAUUAAUAAUACAUCUGUGCUGUGAUUGGUAAGCUGCCCCCAGCUGUGUCUGCUGUGAUUGGUGGAUGGAGAUGAGUGCACACUUCCUUGUAGGCUCCUAAAGAGAGGAUCAUGUGACCGUCUGACCCCUCCCCGUAGACCGCAGCCCUUCAGCGCACCAGCGGAGCUCGGCCGCGUCCACGCCGGGGAACCGGUAACCGCCCUGUUACCGAUGCAUCGCGCUGUGCAUCCUCACUGUGCUCACACACACCCGACCUCCACCCUGCCAGCUGCAGUGUGGUCCAGUUAUGCAGUUUUAGCAGGCAGAAUUUGGAUGACACGCUUUAGCGGGACUGUAGGGUGUAGUCCUGGUUUCACGACACCCCUGGCCAACAGACGGGAAGGUCCCUGCUCCCGCCUCUGAGAAAUGAACCCGAUUGGGUAUGUUGUGGUUUCAGGGGAAAUUCAAAGGGGCUGCAGCAGCAGAAGACCAUACCAGGGUCCAUGCCUGUAAGAUAAGCCCAGGAAGAUGAGGCUACAGUGGGAACGUGAUCGCCAAAUCUGAGCGAUUAAAAAAAAAAGUUCCCUGGUCUUACGAAUCUCAAUUUCUUGAGAUGCAGAUGGUUGGGUCAGAGGUUGGUGUAAACAGAAUGAAUCCAUAGAUCCGUCCUGCCUUGUGUCAGUGGUGCAGGCUGGUGGUGGUGGUCGUGUAAUGGUGCAGGCUGGUGGUGGUGUAAUGGUACAGGCUGGUGGUG